AGGCCUGGAACAAUGUCCUCCACAGAGAGAGAGACAUAAAGGACACUUGAUCAUACAGUCCUUGGAAUUAUUUCCAGGAACCACUUACAGAAGCCGUUCGGGAGCACCUUUCCCUUGGCAGCACACUCAGGGACAGGGACGGCAAGGAAAUGAGCACUUCUCUGAAUUACAAGUCUUUCUCCAAAGAGCAGCAGACCAUGGAUAACUUGGAAAAGCAACUGAUCUGUCCCAUCUGCCUAGAGAUGUUCACGAAGCCUGUGGUCAUUCUCCCUUGCCAGCACAACCUGUGCAGGAAAUGUGCCAGUGACAUCUUCCAGGCCUCUAACCCGUACUUACCCACAAGAGGAGGCACCACCGUGGCAUCAGGGGGCCGCUUCCGCUGUCCCUCCUGCAGACAUGAGGUGGUGUUAGACAGACAUGGGGUCUAUGGACUGCAGAGGAACCUGCUCGUGGAAAACAUUAUUGAUAUCUACAAGCAGGAAUCCACCAGGCCAGAAAAAAAAUUGGACCAGCCCAUGUGUGAAGAGCAUGAAGAGGAACGCAUCAACAUCUAUUGUCUGAACUGUGAAGUGCCCACCUGUUCCUUGUGCAAGGUUUUUGGCGCCCAUAAGGACUGCCAGGUGGCUCCCCUGACUCAUGUGUUCCAGAGGCAGAAGUCAGAGCUCAGUGAUGGUAUUGCUGUACUUGUGGGAAGCAACGAUAGAGUCCAGGGUGUGAUCAGCCAGCUGGAGGACACCUGUAAAACUAUUGAGGAGUGCUGCAGAAAGCAGAAACAGGACCUGUGUGAGAAAUUUGAUCACCUAUACGGCAUCCUGGAGGAGAGGAAGACUGAAAUGACCCAAGCCAUCACUCGAACACAGGAGGAGAAACUGGAACAUGUCCGAACUCUUAUCAGGAAGUAUUCCGAUCACCUGGAGAACGUAUCCAAGUUGGUGGAGUCAGGAAUCCAGUUCAUGGAUGAGCCCGAAAUGGCAGUAUUUCUGCAGAAUGCCAAGACCCUGUUGCAAAAGAUCGUGGAAGCAUCAAAGGCGUUUCAGAUGGAGAAACUAGAACAAGGUUAUGAGAUCAUGAGCAACUUCACUGUCAAUCUCAAUAGAGAAGAAAAAAUUAUCCGUGAAAUUGACUUUUCUAGAGAAGAGGAAGAGGAAGAAGAUGCAGGAGAAAUAGAUGAAGAAGGAGAAGGAGAGGAUGCAGUAGAAGUAGAAGAGGCAGAAAAUGUUCAAAUAGCAUCUUCAGGGGAAGAGGAGAGUCUGGAGAAAGCUGCAGAGCCCUCUCAGCUUCCCGCAGAGCUUCAGGUCGCCCCAGAGCCACUACCUGCUUCCUCUCCAGAACCGUUUUCAUCCAUGCCACCUGCUGCAGAUGUCCUGGUGACACAGGGGGAGGUGGUGCCCAUUGGCUCUCAGCAGACCACACAGUCUGAAACUUCAGGCCCUUCAGCAGCGGAAACUGCGGAUCCCUUGUUUUACCCUAGUUGGUAUAAAGGCCAAAGCCGGAAAACCAGCUCCAACCCACCUUGCACUCAUGGGAGUGAAGGUCUGGGUCAAAUAGGGCCUCUGGGCAUUGAGGAUUCCAGUGUGCAGUCCGCAGAAGUGGCAGAAGCCGCAACCAAUGAGCAGGCAGCAGUGAGUGGUAAGGAGUCUAGUUCAACUGCAGCUACCUCUCAGAUUGGAUUUGAGGCCCCUUCUCCCCAGGGACAGUCUGCAGCCUUGGGGAGUGGGGGUGGGGCUGAUCCUGAGCCAGCUCGCCACGUCUUCUCCUUCUCCUGGUUGAAUUCCCUAAAUGAAUAAUAUUUAUUCUCGUUGCUGCCCCCUGUCUGCCUGGCUGAGAAGCACAUAGGCAGCAGGAAACAGGUGGAAAUUCACCACGAUUCAUAUGAAGGGGACCUCUGGACAGGAUUUCUGAAAGCAAAACAAAACAAUACAACACCACCACCCUUUAAUUCCAGAUGACUUAUCUCACUCAUUGAGAAAAUGAUUAUGCUCAGAACAAAAUUACAGAAAAUACUCUUCUGAAGAAACUUGAUCUUCUGCAAAUCUUUCAUUUGUGUGAGAAACCUUCUGAAGGUUGUGUAGGUGUGGUGCAUGCCUGUGUAUCAGCCAUAAGUGCCAAGUGGUAACAAAGUGGCAGAACACUCUCCCAGCCUCCCUCAGGCUUCUGGUUAUUUUAGGACGCUUGUGCCUUUUGCUUUUCUCCUUAGCAUUGCAGGUGGUAGGUGAUGUUCAGUGUCAGUUCCAAACUGACCGAUUUAUCAAAAUAUGGAGAUUGGUCACUGACCAAAGCUAUGUAGGGCACUGUAGAGGUUCCUUUCCCUAUGGAUGCCAUGGGUGCGCAGACAGGACUUUCCUUUACAUGUGGCCACACGUCCAUAGUCCAGAAGGCCAAAAAUCUAGGGCAACUCUUUUGACAUUUUUCUAACCUUAUUUACAUAUCUCAUAAUCAUAUCCAUGUAUUAGGCAUUUUAAUUGAAUUUCAAAGAGGAGCUGUCUACUUUCUUAAGUGUCCUGCCAUAGCAGCAAUCUGAUAAUCUGUGGAGCAACUGCAUGGAUUUAAGUAUACACACAAUUCUCCCCCUGUGUGCCUUCUCUCUCUCUCUCUCUCCCCCUCUCUCCCUCUGUCUCUUCUCUCCCCCUCUGUCUCUCCCUCCUUUCCUUUCUUCCUCCUUCCCUCCCUCCCUCCCCCCCCCCCCGGUCUCUCUCUCUCCUCUCUCCUUCCUUGCCUUCAUCACAUAAGUGUAACUUUACUUUAAAUGAACUAUUAAAUAAAUGUUUUUAA